GAAUAGGAGGCCUGCAGGAUUUUGUGCUGAAGUCUGCAACAUUGUCAACGUCGCCAGCUUGUCCACCAUUUACACCUCUCAACUUUGAAGCUACACCGAUUGUACGGGUAGCUGUUGAACCGAAACAUCCAAGUGAUAUGCCUCAGCUGGUCAGAGGAAUGAAGCUUUUAAACCAAGCUGAUCCGUGUGUCCAAGUUUUAAUCCAGGAGACAGGAGAGCAUGUGCUAGUGACAGCAGGAGAAGUUCAUCUUCAGCGUUGCUUGGAUGACCUGAAAGAAAGGUUUGCAAAGGUACAGAUUAGUGUAUCAGCACCUAUUAUACCAUUCCGAGAGACAAUAACAAGACCUCCAAAAGUUGAUAUGGUGAAUGAAGAAAUAGGAAAACAGCAGAAAGUUGCUGUCAUACACCAAAUGAAAGAGGACCAAAAUAAAAUUCCUGAAGGAAUUCAGGUUAAUUCAGAUGGGCUUGUUACAAUAUCUACUCCAAAUAAGCAAGCUACUCUCAGCGUAAGAGCAACACCACUUCCUGAGGAGGUAACUCGACUUCUUGAAGAAAACAGUGACUUAAUUCGAACGAUGGAGCAACUCAACACAUCUCUGAAUGAAGAUAAAAAAACCCAUGAGAUAAAUCAGAAGACUCUUGAUAGGAUCAAGGAAUUCAAACAAAAGUUGGAACAAAAUCUGCAGGGAAGAAAGUGGAGAAAUGCUGUUGAUCAAAUCUGGUCGUUUGGACCACGGAAGUGUGGGCCUAAUAUUUUGUUAUAUAAUUUUGAGGGCUAUAGAAGGUCUGUGUGGCAGUGCCUUGGGAAUGCUAUGAAAGAAGUAAGUAAAUACAGAGACUUUGACAACAGCAUAGUAAGUGGAUUUCAGCUGGCUACACUUUCAGGUCCCAUGUGUGAAGAACCCCUAAUGGGUGUUUGUUUUACAGUAGAAAGAUGGGAAAUGAAUAAAUUUGGAGAGACGCUGUCAACUAGUAAUCAGGAUUCAGGGGAAUGUGAUGCCAUAGAAGUUAAACAAGAUACUACUCUAACAAGCAGUUGCACUGAUGAAGUUAGCAGUGUGAAUGAACACCAGGACAGCAGUCAAAGCAUUCCAAAAUCACCUGAGAAAAACUGUAAACACAAAGGAGAAGUUUUACUUGCAGAUUGUUAUGGUCCCUUCUCUGGACAACUGAUUGCCACCAUGAAGGAAGCUUGUCGUUACGCUUUGCAAGCAAAACCACAGAGGCUUAUGGCAGCAAUGUACACAUGUGAAAUUAUGGCUACUGCAGAAGUUUUAGGUCGUGUGUAUGCUGUCUUGUCCAAAAGAGAAGGCAGAGUGUUACAAGAGGAGAUGAAAGAGGGAACGGAUGUGUUUAUUAUUAAGGCAGUCCUGCCAGUAGCAGAAAGCUUUGGUUUUGCUGAUGAAAUCAGGAAGAGAACUAGUGGCCUGGCCAGUCCGCAGCUGGUGUUCAGCCACUGGGAGAUCAUUUCAAGUGACCCAUUCUGGGUGCCAACCACUGAGGAAGAAUAUUUGCACUUUGGGGAAAAGGCAGACUCAGAGAACCAGGCCCGCAAGUACAUGAAUGCAGUAAGAAAGCGAAAGGGACUUUAUGUAGAAGAAAAAAUUGUGGAGCAUGCUGAAAAGCAAAGAACUCUCAGUAGAAAUAAGUAGCUGUGUCUGCUUCCUUUCUCUCCUGACUCAGCUAAGUGCAGGUGGAUUAUUUUCUAUGCAGCAGAUUCAAAAUUUCAUCUGGACUUUGUUCUUUGACACCACUUUUCUUACAUGCCAUAAUGUCUGUGGCUUAUGUUUUAAUAAACUUAAGCCUUUCCAACUUUUAUAUAGAGAAAAUAGUUUAUUUAAAUAAAAUAUAGGCAUAUUCAUUGCAAUUGGUCUCAAUUUUUAAAAGUUAUUGCCCUAUUGAACUUUCUGUCACAGGAUUAGGGACUCCUAAUUUAAUUUGUUUCUUUCUGAUUUAUCAGAUGUAAUUACAGUUAGAGCUGGUUAGCUAGUUUGUUGCAAAUAAACUAUGCACUGAAUUUA